AACCCAGUAACCAUUGCAGUCCAAGUACCAUGUGUUUCUGAAAAUGUUCUCUCUGCCUAUUCAGUGUUGGUGCUUUUCACAUGAUCUCAUGUGGGCUAAAAGAUAACCUCAGAGAAACAUCCGUCCUAUUUUUGGAUAAGAAAACUGAGGUUCAGUGAGAUGAAAUAGCUUGCUGCAAGUCUCCAGACCAUGAGCAAGAAGUUUAGACUUCUGCCUGGGCUAAAGCAGUAGUUAUUUCUUUUGGUACCAGGGGUUGGACCCAGGGGUGCUUAAGUACUGAGCCAUAUCCUUACCCCUUUUCAUGAUUUAUUUUGAGACAGGGUUUUUUAAAGUUGCUCAGGGCCUUGCUCAGUUGCUGAGGUUGGCCUCAUAUUUGUGAUCCAUCUGCCUCAGCCUCCUGAGUCUCUGGUAUUACAGGCAUGCACCAAUGUGCCUGGCUUCACCUUUAUCUAUUUAAAUUACUACAGUUAAAUGAAGUUUAUAAUCUGGUUCCUCAGUUUCUCUGAUGUCAUGUUAAGUAUUCAGUAGCUACAGUGACUAGUAACUACCAUAUCAGCACAUAUAUUUCCAUUGUCAAAAAAAAUUAUAUUGGAUAAUGCUAGACCUUUUUUAGUGAUAACUUGAAGUAAACAAACAAAACUGAUUUAUGUUUGAGUUCUGACUCUUGUUGCUGGAUUUGGACAAGCUGUGUAUAUUCUAUGCCUCGGUUUCUUUUUUAAACUGGGGAUUGAACUCAGGGGUAUUUUUACCACUGAGCUACAUUUCCAACUCUUCCUUUUUUUCGGACAGGAUCUUACUAAAUUGCCCAGGUUGGUCUAGACCUUCCAAUCCUCCUGCUUCAGCCUCCCAGGUAGCUGAAAUUACAGGCAUGUGCCACCAUGCCUGGGUCAGUUUCUUGAUCUCUGACAUGGAGACUAUGAAAGUGAACUGGCACAAUCUCUGCCACGCAGGCACUGAAUGAACCACUAGUUGUUUGUUCAGUAUCUGAGUUGUCUGAUAAAACUCCAACAUGCUAGGCUUGGGGAUAUCCCUGCUUUGAGAAGACUUGGGGGUCCAGUAAAAGAGCUAGCCAUGUAAAUAAAUAUAUUGAAAUGUUUCAUAUGUAUUGUUGGAAGUCUGGGGACUGGGAGGGGGCCAUAUGUAUAGGAGGGUAUAAAGCUUCUAGAAUGGUUGGCCUUUGAGCUGAACUUCACAAAAAGAUUUUCUUAGAGAUGGCCAAAGGGAUCUCUUGAAGGGAAGAAUAAAGAAAUAAUAAAGGAAGGAGGGGCUAGUGGUGGGAACAACUUGAAUAGGUAUAAUCCCCUUUAUGACAUUACCUCUGUGACCUCCUGCCUUGCUAAAUUAGCUAGGCUCUCCUCAGAGGCACAUGGCUAUGUUGUAUCAUUGCAAUGAAUGUGAAAGGUACUCGCAGCAAAGUGCGUGACCACGAGUGUGUGGCAGUUUCUUACUCCCCUCUCACAGGAUGGCAUUUACCAGGUGAGCCAGCAAGAACCCUAAUUUGUGGCAAAUUUCUCUCCCAGGAUCCAAAGUUCCUUAAAACCAGAUUUGCAGGCUAAUGAGAACAGACUGUGUGGUUUUAGUCAGCUGGUUCUCUCUUAGGUCUCUCUUACCCCAGCUAAGGGGGUUUGGGAAAUGUAAUCUUUGGUGUCAGUUGGACAGGUAGUUAAGGGACCUACCUUCACUGUAAGAACGGAACUGCCCAGUGACUGGGUUCCAGCCAGGACUCUCCUGGAUUGCACUUGCAUGGGCAACUGCUCAGGUUAGCCUGUCAACCUGCUGAUUUGGUACUUUGUGAUCAACAGGUCAAACCCCAUUGAGUGAUAAUCACAGGAAGAUAUAUAUAAGUGUGUGUCAGACCUGGGUUCCAGUGUUGCCUGUGAUUUGUGGCAGUUAUUUAACAUCUUGGAGCCAUAUUGCCCCUAUGACUUUUGAGGAUAAUACUUUACCACUUUCUCUAAAUGGUCAUUUACAAUCUUGACCUUUUAAAUUUAUUUUGCAUUUGAUUUGAAUGAUGAUCAGUUUUUCUGUUUCUGAGUUACCAGGAGAGGAGGUAUGUGUUCUGCACCCAUGAUUGCUCCCCGCAAAUACAGCCUCGACUUUCAUUUUCAUAUCUGUUCCCCACCACCACCAAACUUAUUAGCCGCAUCUAUCUGCUAGGCUUUCAGAUCUGAACUGGGCUCACUAGGCUCCAGCCACACUGGCUGCCUUGUAUUUCCCCAGAAAGGGUCUUGCCUUUCGAGGUUGCCAAAACUGUUUCCCCUGCCUAGAAUGCUAAAAUGUUACCUCUUCGGAGAGGACAUCUUUGCCCUAAUGUGUACUUCUUUCCUGGUUUCAGCUCAUUGCUUAUUCACUGCCCUCAUACCUGUAGCUAUUUUGUUACUUGCUUUUAUCCCACACUGGGCUAUAAGCCUCUUGGGGUCGGGGUUCACUUGUCAGUCCCCAGCCCAGAGCUUAGCACGUGGCCCUCUAUAAAUAUGGUUGGGGCCGUUCCACGCAGGAACUGCUGGAUAAGGAACCAAGAUUCCAGCCCAACGUUCUGUUCUACCCACAGUGCCUUGCCCAUCAAAGGGGUGGGGAUAAAUGAGGCCCAGAGCCUGGCUCACAGUGGAAAACCCCAGCUCCUCUGACCCAGGGCGGCUCCGGAACCCUCGGGUCUGAUUGUGCCCGGGGGAAUGGUUUCUAUAGUGACAGCAAACAGAGGGCGGGGCCUGGGUGCUUCUCGGACAGGCAGCGCGGGGAGGGAGGCGGGCUCCAGCGCUGGAAGGGCGCGCGCAGCGAGGGGCGCAUGCAGGGCCCUGGCGGGGCACUUCUGAGCACCAGGGAACUGGGCCCCGUGAGCCAGGGUUCGGCCACCUUGUUCAGCCAGGAUCAAGGCCCGGCGUGCAGUUGGCGGCGGAAGCCGCAACCACCAGAUCCACACAACAGUUACCCCGCCUCUUGGACCUGUGUUCCCUACCCACAAUACCGGCUGCCUGGGAGGCUGCCAUGGCCGGGGCCCGCCUCCGCCCAGCCCGAGGCGAGUGGCGCUGGCCGUCAGCGCCUGGCCAGCAGUGCUGGCUUCAUGCCCUGCCUAGGCCGCGCCUCCGUGACUCCUGCCUGCGGCACUCGCGCCCAAGGCGCUGCGGAUCCCCAUCUAUUCAGCCCCCGGCCUGCCCAGGUCCUGGAUGAUCCCCCCACGCAAGACGGAUCCCUUGUCCUCUGGCGAGGAUUCUCCAAGACACCUCACCACAUGGGCCGGCUCGGAAACGCCAAAAUCCACGUGGAGAGAGCUGUCAAGCAGAAGAAGAUCUUUAUGAUCCAAGGCUGCUACCCAGUGAUCCGGUAUCUCUUACGCCGGAGAGGCUGGGUAGAGAAGAAGAUGAUCCAUCCCCCGGGCACCACCCUAAUGCCAUCCCAGAAGGAUCUGGACAGCUCAAUGCUAGGUGAUAGUGACACCACUGAGGAAGGGACAUGGCUCUCAUCAGGUCUGGGCUCUGCAUACAUUGAAGAUGAAGAGCAUUAUCAACAAACACAGCUGUUUGACUUAAAUGGCCUUCUGGAAUUUGAUGACCUAGAUGGGACACAUGCUUUGAUGUCCCGCAUGGUUCGGAAUGAGACACCUUACCUUAUCUGGACCACCCGGCGAGAUGUGAUGGACUGUCGCUUCCUCUCUAAGGAUCAGAUGAUAAACCACUAUGCUCGAGCUGGCUCCUUUACUACAAAGGUGGGUCUGUGUCUCAAUCUCCGGAACUUGCCCUGGUUUGAUGAAGCUGAUGCUGACUCCUUCUUCCCACGAUGCUACCGCCUGGGUGCUGAAGAUGACAAAAAAGCCUUCAUAGAGGACUUCUGGCUGACAGCUGCCCGCAACGUUCUCAAGCUGGUGGUGAAGUCGGAAUGGAAGUCAUACUCUGUCGAAACAGAAAAGGAAGAAGCUGCAAGAGAGAAGAACCUCAAGAAACAGGAAAAAAAGCUCAUGACAGUGUCCCCAGAGUUUGUGGAUGAGGCCCUGUGUGCAUGUGAGGAGCACCUUAGCAACCUGGCUCACAUGGACAUCGACAAGGACCUGGAGGCUCCACUGUACCUCAGCCCUGCGGGCUGGACCCUCUUCCUCCAGCGCUACUAUCAAGUGGUCCAUGAGGGGGCAGAACUCAAGCAUUUGGAUGCACAGGUCCAGCGCUGUGAGGAUCUCCUGCAGCAGCUGCGGGCUGUGAUGCCCCAGAUUGAUAUGGAAGGGGACCGCAACAUCUGGAUCGUGAAGCCAGGAGCCAAGUCCCGUGGACGAGGCAUCAUAUGCAUGGACCACCUGGAGGAGAUGCUGAAGCUAGUGGACUGCAACCCCAUGAUGAUGAAGGACGGCAAAUGGGUGGUACAGAAGUAUAUUGAGCGCCCCCUGCUCAUCUUUGGCACCAAGUUCGACCUGAGACAGUGGUUCCUGGUGACCGACUGGAACCCACUUACUGUGUGGUUUUACCGCGAUAGCUACAUUCGCUUUUCCACACAGCCCUUCUCCCUAAAGAACCUGGACAACUCUGUGCACCUCUGCAACAACUCUAUCCAGAAGCAUCUGGAGAACUCCUGCCAUCGCCAUCCCAUGCUACCCCCAGACAACAUGUGGUCCAGCCAGAAGUUCCAGGCCCACCUGCAGGAGAUAGGGGCACCAAAUGCUUGGUCCACUGUCAUCGUGCCUGGCAUGAAGGCUGCUGUGAUCCAUGCGCUUCAGACCUCCCAAGACACAGUACAGUGUCGGAAGGCCAGCUUCGAGCUCUAUGGUGCUGACUUUGUAUUUGGUGAGGAUUUCCAGCCCUGGUUAAUUGAGAUCAAUGCCAGCCCCACCAUGGCACCCUCCACAGCUGUCACCGCCCGGCUCUGUGCCGGUGUACAAGCAGACACCUUGCGUGUGGUCAUUGACCGGCGGCUGGAUCGUAACUGUGACACAGGAGCCUUUGAACUCAUCUAUAAGCAGCCUGCCGUGGAGGUGCCCCAAUAUGUGGGUAUCCGGCUCCUGGUGGAGGGUUCCACCAUCAAGAAGCCCACAGCACUGUGUCAUCGGCGGAUGGGGGUCCACCCAUCACUCCCUCAUCUGCUAACCCAGCAAGGCUCUGGGGAAGGCAAGGAGCUGGGGACCCCUACCCACAGGUCAGCUUCCAGGAAAGGUGCUGGGUCCAGGAGCCAGGGGCACAUUGAGAAGCCAGACUCCACUGCUACCACCUCAGUCCCCGGGAAGGGGAAGAAAGCCCCUUACCACUUCCCCAGCCUCCACGCCAAGGCACGGCUUCCUUCUUCCUGUGUGCUCCAACCCCAGGGGCGCAUCCUCAUAGUGCAGCCCUGCAAACUGGUGGGCACUAAGGCCCUGUCGCCCACAGGCAAGGCCCUGAUGACUAUACCAACCGCCAAGGUUAUGAUUUCCCUUCCACCAGACUCUGACCUCAAGAUGGCACCCAGCAUCCCAAAGCCAAGAAAGGUGGGCCUGGAUCUAUGACUCAUACCCUGGUGGACAGUGCUGAGCACUGGGGUCAGGGCUGGAGGGCACAGGCAGAGAGCAGCUCCCAGGCUGCCCAGAGGGUGUGGGUUUGUCCCUUUCUCAGCAAGGGACCAUUAUCAGGUAAAAGGGAAGGACUUGUCCCCCUCAAAACCCCUUCCUAUACAGAUUCCUGAUCAUCUCUCCCUUUCUCCCCCCCUUUCACACCGAGGCUGUUGCUCCCAAGCGCCUUCGAGGUCCCCAACCUGCCCGUGUCUUGUGGCCUCAGACCUUUGAAGUCGGAACUCUUCCCAGCACCCAUAGGAAGGUCAAGGGCAAAGGCAAGUUGAAGGCCAGACUCUGCGACAAAC